CACGAUCACGCCGACUACGGCUUCGAAACGCCCGGCGUCACGUUCAACUGGAGAACGAUCAAAGAGAAGCGCGACGCUUAUGUGAGGCGCCUGAACGAGAUCUACGAGGGCAACGUGAAGAAGGCUCGCAUCGACAUCAUUCGAGGCUACGGCAGGUUCACCGCUGAUCCCCAGCCUACCAUCGAAGUGGAUGGGAAGAAGUACACGGCUCCUCACAUCCUGAUAGCCACGGGCGGGCGCCCGGCCGUCCCUCCUGACAGCAAAGUUCCCGGUGCCAGCUUGGGGAUGACCAGUGAUGGCUUCUUCGACCUGGAGGAGCUGCCCAGCUCCCUGGAGCUUGUAACGGAGGGUCCGAGUCAGUGCAGGAUCCGGAGGGUGGGAGCUGGGGUGUUGCUGGGCGGGCAGAAGCACGUCCUGAGGACCUUUGACUCCAUGAUCAGCUCAAACUGCACCCAGGAGCUGGAGAACACCGGGGUGGACGUCUGGAAGCACGUGCAGGGCGUGCGGGUGGAUGCCAAGGGCCACGUGGUGGUGGAUGAAUACCAGAACACCACCAGGAAGGGGGUCUACGCUGUCGGGGAUGUGUGCGGGAGAGCCCUCCUCACCCCAGUGGCCAUCGCGGCCGGCAGGAAGCUGGCGCACAGGCUCUUCGAGGGCAAGGAGGACUCCCGGCUGGACUACCACAACAUCCCCACUGUCGUCUUCAGCCACCCACCCAUUGGCACUGUGGGCCUCACUGAAGAUGAAGCCGUGGCCGCGCACGGGAGGGAGAACGUGAAGAUCUACAGCACAUCCUUCACCCCCUUGUACCACGCUGUCACCCAGAGGAAGGUUAAGUGUGUCAUGAAGCUGGUGUGCGUCGGUGAGGAGGAGAAGGUGGUGGGACUGCACAUGCAAGGGCUGGGCUGCGACGAAAUGCUGCAGGGCUUUGCCGUGGCCAUCAAAAUGGGGGCCACCAAGGCCGACUUGGACAACACCGUCGCCAUUCACCCCACUUCUGCCGAAGAGCUGGUGACGCUGCGCUGA